AUGGCGCCUCGAGUCAGUCGCAAAAUGAAGUAUGACCGCUGCACGAACGAGGAACUGCAGAAGUUCUGCGCCGACCGCCGCAUCAAAGUCAGCGACCCUCCCGCGCCAACCUCUUUACGUUCCCGAGAAGACCGUCAGCACGCCCGACAACAUCGCCAUGAAUGCAUUGCUGCUCUCAAAAUCGCCGACGCCAACCCAGGACCAUUUCGCUUUGUCUCCCUCUGCGCGGAGUUGCGCACGGCCGUGUAUAAAGACCUUCUGAUCCUCGAGAACUCCUGGACUUGUCAUCCCCAGAUUCUCGCGGUGUCGAAGCAGGUGAACCGUGAAGCAACCAAUAUCCUGUAUGGCCACAACCUGAUCGAGGUCAAAUUCUGGGACGAUGGGAUGUACGUUCACGGAGAGCGGCCGAGCGACCAUGGGCCUGAAUAUUGGCCUGCUUUCCUCGAGAAGGCUCAGUUCAUUCGUUUGUCAUACGGUUCUCAAACCAAACCUUUCCAAGCUCCGGGAGUCAGAUCGAGUUACUGCGAGACAGCCCUCUACUGGCUCUGCGGAAGUCUCAUGAACAAUCAUAUGUUGAGGAGCAUCAAAAUCGACUUCACCCAUGCACCUCAAGCUUUGGGAGAUCCCGAGUACGACGAACCCUUCGACGUUUACGCGCUACGCCUGCUGGGACCGUUGAAGGAGUGCGUUGUGGAGGGAGUCAACGGCGUUUAUCAUGACCAUGAGUUGGAGAUGGAGGCACCGCUACGCCUGAGUAUCCCGCAGGGACCUGACAUUGAUGAAUGGUCCCCAUAUUACCGCGCUUGUACGGGCACGUGGGAUGGCUUUGUCCUGGCCUGCAACGUCCAACUGUCCAAGGUGGCACAGAUGCCUCCCGGACCUCGAAAAGCCGCGAACGCAUUCCUGGACGAUCUCCACGAUUCGCUUACGAAGAUCAUCAGACAAGGCCAUGUCAAACACUGCCUCAUCAGAGAUGAAGCGCCAUGGUGGGGCGGCAUCGAAGUGACGAAUGACACAUCGGAUGGUCUUAUCCGAGCAUACAAAUCGUACAUGCAGUAUCAGGGGGACUUCGUGCGAGCGAUGAUCAACCAAUUUAUCGCUUCGGACCUUCCUAUUCCUGUCACGGAGUUUAGGCAUUUUUUCGUGGAUUCUCAGAUCGCUUUGAUGCUCGGUUCGCGAAAGAUUUAUAAUCAGGUGCUCAAGCAGAGUGUCGUGGAAGAGCUGGGCGACGAAAGCAGCAGGUGUGUGGCCACGGGUUUUUUUGAUCAAUUGUGA